CCAACCUUAAAAGAGAAAAUUUGAAAGUCAAGAUCUUUUAAUUUAACAACAAUCUUGUAUUGGAUGAACUGGACGAUAAAGUUGAGGCAAAGAUAUAAGAAGUAAUUUUACACUCCUCCCGCUUGUUGUCCGGGGUUGGGAAGAGACCGCGGGAAAGGUGAAACGAAGAAACGAGGAAAGAUUAAUAACUUACAAUUUGACCUUGGAGGCCAUGAUGUUAUGACUGGAGCCUCCUUCUUGUAAACAACUCUCUGUCUACGCUCCUACGGAACGCCAGUAAGCUCCAAAAACCACUGAGCAUUUCCGGUGGGAGAGAGCGCUGGCGAAGAAGAGGAAGAGAAAGAGGGAGGAAGUGGAAGCCUGGGCGGUGCUUCUCUCUAAAGGAACCGGUGGAAACACUGGUGUGGUAAAAGAGCCUGCCAGAGCUGCCGAUCAUCCAGAGGAACAAACAGAGAGAGAAAUAAGAGACGGGAGAAGGCGACGGGCAAACAUUGAUAAGCAGAUAUCCGAGUCAACGGAAAUUGUGUACAGUGAGUAGCUGGCGGUAUUAAAGAGAAAAGUCCCCUUUCCUACCAGCAUUAAUAUUGGGCAUAAUAGGAUAACUAAGUAUGGCAGUCCCUAAAUUUAAAUCAGAAAGGGACAUGAGGGACAGCAGAGCUCAAUCAAGAAGACCAUCACAUGCGGAGGAUAUAAAUCUGAGAGAUAUUUUACAAGAGAUUCAAAAACUGGCGGAGAGACAGGAAGAGCAUCAAAGAGAAGCUCAACUGAAAUUAGAUAAACAAGCCUACCAACAAAAGGAACUUCACCAAGAAAUGCUUGAGAUGAAAAAAGAAAUCAAGGAAGACAUUGGAUUUCUGAAAAGGGAAAUGGAAAAAUCACAUAGGGACAUUAAUGAGCUGAAAGUAGAGAACAUUAAAAUAAUUAAAUCCCAGGGGAAAUUACAGAAAAAACUAGAUGGGCUCGAAUUCAAAAAUGAAAAAUUAGAAAAAAUGCAGGAGAAAAUGGAACUGAAUGAGAAAGAAUUCCAAUUACGUUUCCGAAAUAUUCAAGAGGAAGCCAAUGAAAAUUUAAGGAAAAUAAUUGUGAAAUUGGUUUCAGACCUUCUCAAACAAGAUCCAGAGUUAAUAGACAAUGGAAUAGAUCAAGUAUAUAGAAUCCAGACAAAUUUCUCCAGAAGAAAUAGAGCCCACAGAGAUGUAAUUAUUCAUUUUGUAAAGAAAAGGACCCGGGAUGAAAUCUUGAUGUCCAACAACCGAAACCCAAUGUAUUUUAAGGAAAAAAAGAUAAUAGUAUUAAAAGAAUUCCCUCAGGCAAUACUAAAUAGAAGAAGAAAAUAUUUCUUUUUGACAGAUGAGCUUAAAAGACAAAAAAUCCGCUUUAGAUGGGAAAGAAGCGAAGGGAUAAUGGUUACUUGGAAGGGAGAAAAGCACUGGCUGACUUCGGAGGAGAAGGCAAAGGACUUUUUUCAAAAGCUGAAGCAAGAUAAGAAGGAAAAUGUGCCUAUACCACCAAGCCCUCCUUCAGUGAAAAGAAAGAAACCAAAGAGAGCUAGGCAUAUAUCACCUAAGGACUCUGAUUUAAAGGUAAAACUAAAUCCAACGGCAUCGGGCACAUCCGAUGUGGGAGAUGACAACGAAGAGGAAUCAGAAGAAAGGGAAGAUGAGGAUAUAGAGUCAGAAGAAGAAGACAAAAUGGAAGAAGAAAAUGUACCCCGGGCCCCAAGUGGUGCAGAAGGAACCGAUUAUGGUGUUGAGUGACUUUAAGUCCGCAAGAAUGACUUUCGCAAAGCAUUGGAAAAAUGAGGAGACGCCGAAGAAAACUAGUUGGUUGAACAAACUGAAUGAAAUUCGA